AUGCGGAGGAGGAGCAAGGACUCAUCCAUCCUCGUAUUCGAUACUUCAAGCUCUCACCUCAAGCCGCAAACUCGCAAGUCGCAGUCGCCUAAGCCCGAGAAGGUCCUCGCCACCGUUCUACCAAGACAUCGGUACACUACGCGCGCUGUCACCAAUGCAAAGUUGCGGGGGCAACUACACAUCGCCGCGCAAGCCGCGCAGAUCAAGCGUGACACACAACAGACGUCGCGGAGUAGGAAGAACCGGGCCGUACGCAGCUCCAACACUCCAGAUGCGGAGCACUAUGCCCGUCGACUCGCCCUCCUCCCGAGCGCUAGGCGCAAGCCCUCCGUGUCUCCUGCUAAGAAAGUCAGCUUCGCUCCCCCCGACGACCGUUCUGAGACCGGAUCGGCCGACGGUCGAGCGGACGCUCGCGUCAAACACGAGAACGACGAUUCCAGCGAUGCGGCAACCGACGCCGACGGUGACACCGAUAUGGGCGACGACGACCGCGGCGAGAUCGACGACGUCGACGCACGCAACCGCGAACCGCGGCGGGUGCCCAUCGCCCGCAGGAGAGGCAUGGUGGGCGACAACCCCUACCCCCUCCCUGGGCCACAGGCUGGUCCAGUCAACCCUGGACUGAACCCGCAGAUGUACCACGGCCACAUGCCGGGGAUUGGUUUCUACGGCAACCCAUUCCUUGGGCAGGGGUUUGAGGGACCUUACGGCAUGGGCCCACAACAGCCUUUCUUCGGGGAGUAUGGUCAGGCCCCGAUGCUGCCAUUCGGCGCUGCCAUGGUGCAACCCUUCGGAGGCGUCAUGAACCAUCAGGCAAUGGGUGCGGGCUACCACCCUUACGGGGGCGUGGCGAACCAGCAGUUCAUGGGCAUGGGGAACCAGCAGUACCGAGGCGCGCCGAACGACUAUCUAUUGGGCGCAGGUUACCAGCAGGCGAUGGGCGCCGCCGGAGUCCCACCGUUCGUAGGGGCAGGCUACCAUCAAUUCGGCGUAGGGAACCAGCAGCCCAUGGGCCUAGGGAACCAGCACUACGUGGGCGCGAACGGCCUGCCGAACAUGGCUGCCGCGAUCAACCAGCCCUUCAUCGACGCGGGCAACCAGCAGGUCAUGGGCGCCGACAACGGUCUGUUCAUGGGCGGCAUCGGCCAGGACGUCGUGGGUGGCGUCGACAAUGCUUGGCUAGACGAGCUGCUCGGCGCCGCUGCGCCAGAGAUGCAAGAAGCUGGCCUGGACUUGAACCACAACGCGAACGACGAACCCGGGGUGUUCCAAGCAUUGCUCGCCGAUGCCAUCCCCCCGCCCGACUUCAUCAACCAAGGCGCAGUCGCCCCUCCCGUUGUGCCCCUCCCCGAGAACGCCCGACCGCCUUCACCUCCGUCUAUCGCUCAAGCUCUUGGAGGCGAUGUCCAGCCGCCCGCCGGCCCCGCGGGCUCGCAGAACCUGGCGGACGUCCAACCGCCGGUAGCGGGUCCUUCGAACUCGCAACAAGUGGCUGCCAACGCCCCGUCGCCCGCCGUAUCUCCGGCCGCCCUGACUCCCACAGAGGUCGACCAGUCUCAGGCAGGAACGCCGGCGUCGCAAAGCCAAGAGAGCGAGGAAGAGGACGUCAACCCGAGGGGCCGCAGGGAGUCCACUGAGCCUGUGUACUCCGAGGGGGGUUCGCCGGAAGACUAUCAAGAGGAGCGUAACAUCUCGGAUGCAGCGCGCACGUUCGACUUCGGGUCCCGGGUGCCAGAGGAGCCGCAACAUCCUUACGGUCGUCGUUACAAGGACUCAAACGGCAGAUGGGUCGACGUCAUCUACGGCGUGCAACCCAUGACAGCAUGGAGGUAUAUGGACGAAGGCAGGAUGCCGGCGGACGUGAACCGCGUCAAGCGGAUGACUCGGGACACCUAA